UUCCAGAUGGACCACGGUUGCGAAAAACGGGCAAGGAUGCUGGUGAACGGACACGUCCGAUGUUGCCGGAAUGGCAACGCACUCUCGAGUGACAAGCCGACCUUACGUCGAAACAAGUGGGGCCCCAUCGAGCUGCGCCUCCACCGCCGCACUCCACCACCCCCACCCUUCGACCACCGGUGCAUCUGUGCCUUGCACGCUUGCUGGAACGACGACCACGUGUCGGGGAUUUCGGGGAUGCGUUAUUCCCCCCACCCUCCCGACACACAGCCUCCACCAAAGCCGCCGCACGGCAGUCCAAAACCAUAAAAACCUGGAAUGAGUUCAUUGUUAACGCGUUCACCGCAGUCUCGGCAACCAUCGAAAUUAGGCGAAAUCAAAGAAAUUUGAUUUGACGAGAGAAGAACUCGGAUGUUGGUCCAUUAUGAUAACAAUCGUCAACAAUGUCCCGGUACCGCAAUAUUUUGAGCAGAGAAAUCACGUGAUCGAAGGACGAAGGCUCUGUACCAAUAUCGAACGACGAAUUUGUAUAUUUUGAAAAUCGGACGUCGAACUUGCUGACCGUCGUCGAAGAUGGCAAUUACGUCGACGUUCUUAUUCCCACGCGUUCAAAGGCUACAACGUCGAAGUUCCCAUAAAAGGGGGAUGUACGCACGACAGGACACGAACAACGAGCAUAAUAGCGCUCAUUUAAAUCAACUUGCCGCGAACGUCGAACAAGGACAGCGGCACAAUUCAAUCAAGUUCAGGAAAUUUGCGUUUCUCAUCGAAUCAAGAACGUGCCGAAUUCUAGAACAGAAACGAAUGCUUUUAUCGGAGAUGAGCCUCGUAGGAUGACAAAGAAUUCGUUUCUAUGGCAUGCAAACAAUGAUAAUUGAUUUCUUCCGUGAUUAGGAUAACGUGAAUCGUUGUUGAACGAUUUUGAACACUAUCGAAGCUAGAGCCCAGACCCCGGUGCUGCUUGGAGCGUGACGAUUCCAAGGGGAUAGCGUGUAAUUAAACUCCGCUUGACUCUUUACUGGGACUGUACACGCGCGACCGUGUAAGUAAAGUUGAGCGGGGAACGCCUAAUAAAUCCAGCAAUUGCUGUAAAUUGGAGAACUCGCGCUGGGGAGAAGCCGACUACCGGCAAAAAAUUGUUUGCCUUGUCAGAAAUUCUUGGGAACUGGCUAUUUUCUCCAAGUUUCACCACUCGCCCCGUUACUUCCACAUUUCAUCGAUCGCUUGCCCUCGUCUUCCUCUUCAAACGAUCCAGGACCUGAGAGGACAGCUGCGCUCGUACAGUAAGAAAAACCCUGUUGGAAACGCGUGCAUAACGGACAGAAACGCUGUGUAUUCAAUCUUGGAAAAUGGACAUCACCUUUUCUAUAUUUAAAGUUGUUCGUCUUCCGAAGAAGAACGAACGGUUCAGGAUUCCAAGCCAUUAACGCUCCAGCUACGAUCGAUUAAUUCGUUGGUCAAAUAAAUGAUAAACGACCGGAACAUGCAGGACAAUGAAUUCACAUACCGCUACGAUGAGCAUCACUGAUCUAAUCUCUCUAGAACGUCAGCACGCUGACUCGUCGUCCAUUCACUCAACGACAUACUUCGAUGAUCACAAGUACCCGUGGAUCACGCUGCUCGAUCACGAUUCAGUGUAUACAAUUUACUGACGAGUGGGCGGUCGAUCGUAGCGUGCGUUUGCACGCGAGUGUCACAUUAACGUUCAGUGGCCACAGUAUACUGGACGGAGCAACAUUUUCCAUCAGACAAUCCUCCGGCAAUGUUUUCCUAAAAUGCUGCAACAAACAUCUGAGUAACCUACCAAUACGGUAAUCCACGGAUACUACGAAUUAUCGUAAAACGCUAGUCCAUCCAUAGCACGGCAAGGCAUCACACGCGGUAAGAUGGCCGUGUAUAGGCUGCACUGGUGGUCGGUCGUUCGCGUCUGCUUUUUCUUGGGGUGCCUCGCGACUGCGGCGCUGUGUCAAGAACAAAUACCAGCCGGCAAUCGGUAUUAUGGCCGAGACGGUGUCUAUGUGCCUAACAACGGACCCGAUCACAGGACUGACACUUAUAUUUACAAGGAUAGAAGGUACGGGUACCGUCCCAGUUACCUGGACCCUGUUUACAAAGGACCACCGAGACUGCCAGACGACCGAUAUCAUUUCGAGGAUACUACUUCAAGAUUACCGCUGCCUGGAGUACUAGGAGGUUGGCGGGAGGAUCUUCAAGGCAAAGAACGACCUGACUCUAAAACCUUAGACAGAGAUGUCACUGUUACUACCACCUAUGGACAAGUGCAAGGGUUUAAAGUCUAUUUGUACGAUAAUCCACAAGCGAGACAUAGACCGUGGAGUUUGCCGGUAGAAAGAGUCACGAAACAUGUUAACGUAUUUCUGGGCAUUCCGUAUGCCCAGCCACCUACGAGGGAGGGCCGUUUCAGGCCUCCCAGACCUCACGGUGGAUGGCAAUUGCUUCAAGCUGUAGACUGGGGACCGGCAUGUCCUCAGCCCAGCACAUACACCGGUGCUACUAAAGGUGUCAAAGAUGUAGACGAAGACUGCUUAUAUCUAAAUGUGUUCACACCCUACAUUGGUUCUGGUGUAGCUCAACCGUAUGCCGUAAUGUUAUAUAUUCAUGGUGGAGAGUUUACUUAUGGAGCUAGUAACUUAUUCUCUGGUCACAUGUUGGCAGCAUUUUACAAUGUAGUAGUAGUGUCAAUUAAUUAUCGAUUGGGAGCAUUGGGAUUCCUAAGCACAGGAGAUGAAAAUAGUCCUGGAAAUUAUGGACUCCUGGACCAAGCGAUGGCGCUGAGAUGGGUGCACGAUAACAUUCGAGCUUUCAACGGUAAUCCCGACGCGAUAACGCUUUUUGGUCCAGGCGCCGGUGCCGCUAGCGCUGGACUUUUAAUGGUUGCUCCUGGUACUAGAGACAUGGUCUCGAAAGUAAUAGCUCAGUCGGGUUCUCCGCUGGCGGAUUGGGCAGUCAUAAUGGAUAAGUACAGAGCUCAGAACACGUCCAGAGUAUACGCCGAGAUGUUGGGCUGCAGCAUAGAGAGUAGCUGGAAAUUGGUUCAGUGUUUAAAGGAUGGACGAAGCUUUCUUGAAUUGGGUAACUCUCAGUUAAAGCCGCACGUUGGAAUGUUCCCAUGGGCGCCCGUGUUUGAUUUCAACUUCACAUUGCCUAGCGACAAUCUGUACGAAAACUGGAGAACAUCGGACUGGCGAUUUUUUACCGAAACGCCUGAAAACAGUAUUAAACAUCGUAGGUUUAAACGCAACUUGGCGUACAUGGCUGGUGUGACCACCCAAGAAGCAGCAUACAUACUAUAUAACAAUGCCACACUGGCAAGGAAUCAGUACAUUAUAGAUCCAGAGUCGUUCGACCAAAAGCUAUGGGAGUUCGUUCUUCAGUACAAUUACACUCUGAACCCGCUGGGUGUAUACGAAGCCAUUAAAUAUAUGUAUACUUACUGGCCGGACCCUAAAAACGUUACGGACAUCCGCGAUCAGUAUGUGAACCUGCUGUCCGAUUUCCAUUACGUGGCCCCAUUUGACAAAAUGGCAAAGCUUCUGGUGGAGAAGGAUGUGCCUACUUUCUUGUAUGUACUGAACACAACUAUAGAGGCGUUGAAUCUACCAGAGUGGCGGAGGGUGCCCCACGAUACCGAACUUCUUUGGCUUACGGGAGCGCCAUUCAUGGAUGUUGAAUAUUUCCCAGAGAAAUGGAAAUUGAAACGAGAUAUGUGGACCGAUAACGACCGCAACAUGAGUCACUUUUUUAUGCAGGCAUAUUCAAAUUUUGCAACGUAUGGGAAUCCUACACCGUCGCAAAUCUUGGGAUUACACAUGGAAGUCGCUAGACAGGGCCAAUUGCGGUAUUUAAAUAUUAAUACUACCUUCAAUAGUUCAAUUCUGCUGAACUAUAGACAAACAGAGAGCGCUUUCUGGUCCAUGUAUCUACCCACCGUUAUUGGUCGCUUGGUGCCCACGUAUCCUCCGGUUACCGAGUAUUGGUGGGAACCGAAGCAGCCAUUGCAAAUUGCCUUCUGGUCAGUCUCAACAGCGUGUCUGCUGUUGAUCGUGCUCUCCGUAGUGUGCUGCAUGCUUUGGCGUAACGCCAAAAGACAAUCUGAUCACUACUAUAGCGGGGACAUCCUGAUGGUUCGAGACGACGAACCCUCGGAGGGAAUCGAGAAUCUGACUCGUUCCUCCAAGGAGAACGUCUACGAGUACCGGGAUGCGCCGCCUUUGAGGUCAAGAGCUGCAAGGCAGAACGAGGCGAAGCUUCAGGAACGAUUGGCGCAGAACCGGAAGUUCAGCUCGACCCCAUCGCUCAGAAGUAAUUCGAACAUCUCGCUGAAAGACAUGCGCUCCGAAGGAUUUGUUACCAGUUCGCCAAACGGGCAUCCGAAGCUGAACAAAACGCUCAGCCAACCCGCGUUGCGCAAAAGUAAAACGCAGCUAGUUCAGGGUGUCCCACAAACAGCUGUCUAACAUCCCCACCCGCAGGUUUCCUUAUUUAUCCAAGGUAAAGAUGAUCUUUCCAUAAAAAAAAAAAAAAAUAAGGAGCGACGCGUGACGACUGAGUUUCAUUAACAUUACAAGGUUCAGCUAAAUAUUUAAUCCGUCCACGAAACCGUUGUUGUAUUUGUAGCAUGUACAUACAUCGAUAAUACUUACUUUAUACCAUUUUUUUAUACCGAUUUUAGUUUUAUAAGAAUCGACGUUGUGCCUUUUAGGAAUAUGCGGAUAGCCUUUUACAAGAGAGAAAUACACAUAAUAGUAAUAUAUUUUACAAUAGCGUAAGCCACUCCACAAUGAAUAUACUGCAACGAAACGAAUGCAUUUCCAUUUAUAAAUAUAUGUAAUUUAUACAUGGCUA